AUUAUUUAUUGAAAAUAACAAGUUUGGCAAGUCUCAGGCCGACGAUCCGCAACACUAAAUUACUACGACUGUCUGGUAACCUUAAACGAUGGCAAGGAGUAUGGUAAUUUUAGUCUGGGACAAUUGCAGUAUGUGUUGUUGAAUAUAAAUGGGCUAUCGCUGGGUCGUUCCUGAAGGUCACUGUUUUACCCAUAGUGAUGGCGUGACCAGUUUAGUAUUGUGUGUCAAACCAUACUUAGUGUUCCACAAUGGUUCAACCUGAAGUUACAAUCCAUCAAGGAACACUGCGCGGUUCUACAGGUACUGAUCUCCGUGGCAACACCUUCCUCAAAUUCCAGGGAAUUCCAUAUGCCAAACCUCCACUUGGCGACCUUAGGUUCAAGGCGCCCGUUCCUCCCGAAAAAUGGACCGGGAUUUUCGAUGCGACCAAAGAAGGCAGCAUUUGCCACCAACGAGACCUUUUCAAAAAGUGCGACUAUGGUGGAAGUAAAACUGCUUGUUCCUGAACGUCUACACAAAAAAGGUAAACCCUCAUCGGACGUGGGGCAGCACGAGUGGGUUCAAAUCUGCCUAUUCGAUUACAUUUGGAAGAAAUAAUAUCUGAAGUUUCACCAAAUUGAAAUAAGAAAUUGUUUACGUAGCUCUCAUCACUAACUUUUCUGUCUGCAGAGGACAUUUUAGAAGCCUGUUCAGGAACUCCAAACAUAAUCAAAUUGGAUUUUCGAAUUUGGCGGUCGGUGACCUCCUGCACGACUUCUUCAAAUUCGAUAGCAGAUGGUGUUUCUUUAACUCGCGAUAGCUGGUUUUUUAAUAAUUCCACGGACUGUGAUAACUUAUCGAUUAUAAUCUUUAAUUCUGGGAUAAUUUCACAACAUUUGCAUUUGGAUGCAUUGGCAUUAGUAGAGUUGAGUCCACGACACUCCAGACAUUUCCAGUCCAAGCCUGAUAUGGUCUUCAUUAAUUCAAACUGGGCCUUUGAUAUAUCCAAGCAUUUGAUAUGAUUAUGCACACCACAAAUACAACAUUUCAAACUCGGAACUGUAGGCGUAAUUGCUGUGUUACACUUUUUACACGAGGACGGCAUCUUUAUAGUUUAUAAUAAUUAAAUGCUUACGCAAAAAGUCACUAAUAAGUGAGGAGCGAAGUGAACACGUCUGUCACUCUCGACUGUUCCACUUAGAUUUUUUUUCGACUAUCCAAAAUUGAAACAGUUUUAGCUUCCCGAAGACGAAAAAGAUU